UUCUUCACUAUACAGCCGUCAAUAUUUGAAGCAGGUGCUUCGAAACGCUCAAACCAAGCCAAUCAUCACUAUAAACCAAAAACUCCCAAUUUGUUGAAAUUUUUUUAUUGAAAUGUCUGCAGAAAAACGAUCAUUUGAAUCGGACUCCGAAGAAUCGGAUACAUCAAAGGGAAAAAGAGUAAAAAAACCGUCACCGACGGCGCCAAUAAUAAAUUCGUUUCAAAAUGCCGUUUCGUCAAUCCACACUCUUUGUGCAUUCAUUGCGGCAAAAAUAAUACGUCUGAAUAAAGAAGAUUUGGACAAGGUGUUGACCGUGUUGAACAAUGGUAUCAAACGAUUGGAAUCUGCUAGAAAAAGUUUAAAUGUGAAGAAGGAGCUGUAUAAAAAUGACGGUGCUGCUGAGUUUGAAAUGGAAUCCCCGUACAAAAAUAGUUUGGUCGACGAAUCAACAACACAAAUUCCAAAUACCGAUGAAGUGAUUAUCGAAUUCACUAAAAAGCAUUGCAAAUUUAUCCGAAAGAUAUUCGUUGUGAUUGCAAGCGUGACAAGUCAGGACAAGCACACAAUAGCAAAAAUCUUUGCAUUUGAUCGAACAUUCGAAUCGCAAAUGCCGCUGUGA